UUCGGGGCCAUGACUUCUCUGUCUCCGAACAGGACAUUCUAGAGAAGUAGCUGCAUGCACUUUAAUAUUUUGCUUCUUGGAAGCAUUCAUGACUGAAUGCUGCUUAAAAAAUGCCAAAUGUUGACAGUGUGAAAGUGGCAGUUCGAGUGAGACCUUUCAGUCAGAGAGAGAAGGACGCAGGAAGUAGGUGUGUGAUUUCUAUGGACUCCAACAGUACAAGCAUCUAUGAUCCUAGGAAUCCAGGGCACGUGAAAACCUUCACGUUUGACCUGGCCUAUUGGUCUCACAGUGGCUUUCUAAAGGAUGAGAACGGCAUGCUCAUCUCAGCGGGAUCUAACAGUUAUGCAGGCCAGAGAGAAGUCUUUCGUGAUCUUGGCCAAGGAGUGCUGCAGAGUGCCUGGCAGGGUUACAAUGCAACUCUUCUAGCAUAUGGCCAGACCGGCUCUGGGAAGAGCUACUCCAUGAUUGGGUAUGGUGCAAACAGAGGGCUGGUUCCCAGUGUGUGUGAAGAGCUCUGCAAAGCAAUCCAAAGUCAGGAAAAGAACAAGCAGUACCAGAUUACUUUCAGCAUGCUGGAAAUCUAUAAUGAACAGGUAAUAGACUUGCUGUCUAAGACUAGGAAGCCUGGAGGGCUGAAGAUUAGAGAAGACCAGCAGCAAGGUUUUUAUGUGGAUGGUUUGAAGCUGGUGCCUUGUGAUAAUUACGCACAGAUUGAGAGGUUAAUGGAUCAGGGGAAUAAGAUGAGAACAACAGCUACGACCACCAUGAAUGCCUCCAGCAGUCGAUCCCACAUGGUUAUCGCGAUCCAAUUCAAACAGAUUUUCCUAGAUGAAGCUAUCACUAAACAGUCAGUUAUCAAUCUGGUGGACCUGGCAGGAAGUGAAAGGCAAAAAUCAUCAGGAUCUGAAAAAGACAGAUUGAAGGAAGGAACACGUGUAAAUCUAAGCCUAACUACAUUAGGGAAUGUCAUCAGUGCUCUGGCUGAGGUAGCAACAGGAAAGAAAGUGCUGCAUAUCCCAUACAGGGACUCAGUGCUGACUAAACUCUUGCAAUCUGCUCUUGGGGGGAACAGCAGGACAAUCAUGAUUGCAGCCUUGAGUCCAGCAGACAUCUGCUAUGAAGAAACUUUGUCAACCUUAAGAUACGCUGAAAGGGCAAAAAAGAUCAGGAACAAAGCAGUGGUAAAUGCAAGCCCUACCAAAAAGCUGAUAAGAGAGCUGAAAGCUGAAAAUAACAAACUAUUGUCCAGAAUGGCUGAGCUCGGGGGCGCAGGGAGAGCGAUAUCCGAUGAAGCACCAGAGCUGCAACUGCUGGCUGAGAGUGAGGGGUGGCCACGGAGCACACAGAUGACAUGGGAGGCUCAGCUGGAAGAGGCCCGGCGGGAGUGGGAGCAGCAGUACUCUGCUAUGAUGCAGGAGAGGUGGAUGAUGGAGAAGUUCCCAUAUCUCCUGAAUAUCAAUGAAGAUCCUCAGCUUUCAUGGGUUCUCAAGCAUUUCAUUCAGGAUGGUACUUGUGAUGUAGGUCAAUCAGCCUCAAAUGCUAUAAUCCUAAGAGGUUUGGGCAUUUUGGACAAACAUGCAACGUUUACAAAUGCUGAUGGCAGAGUUACCCUGGUGCCACGGGACAAGUGCAAGGUUGUUGUGAAUGGAGUGACCAUCACAGGGGAAACAGAACUGCAGCACUCGGAUCGUGUUAUUUUGGGAUCAAACAGCGCUUACCUCUAUGUCGGACCACCUGCACAAAGAACAGAGGAGGACCUGAGCAGAUAUGACUAUGACUUCUUUCAAUCUGAGUUGGCAGCAGCAGAAGGUUUCGGUGUGGAUAAACUUGGCACUGUGAGCGGUGGGCAGGACAGAGCAGAUCCCAGCGUCCUGGCUGUAUUUCAUGACUACAUCAAGCUGAUGCCACUGGUGGAGGAGGUGAAUCAGAUGAGCCAGGAGCUGAGGAAGGACCUCAAAUUUGAAUUGAAGGUGAAAAAUCUGGCCUUAUCAGACUCCAGAGGCCAUGACCUACAAAAGGAAAUAACAGUAAAAGUGACACAUGAAACUACACAGCAGGUGUGGGUAUGGUCGAAGGCCAAGUUCAUUAACAGGAAGUUCCUAAUGGAGGAGCUUUACCAGCGCUUUCUGGAAGGGGAGAACCCAGCUGUGAAUCAGGACAGUGAUCCCUUCUGGGACCCGGUGGAAGCUGUCCAUGUGGGAUCUGCACAUGUUUGGCUGCAGGCACUGGCGUACCGCAUGAGGCUGGAGGAACGGGCUGAGCUGCUCAACUCUGAGGGACUGGAAGAGGCUGUCGUUCUGAUAAACCUGUUUCCGUGCUUCAGUGAUGGGAGACUUUUCGGGGAGGACGAGAUGGUCAUUGAUCCGCUGGAGCUGCUGGAAGGAAGGGUUGAUUUCCAGAUUCACAUUGCAGAGUGCCUUGGAGUCAAAUGGCUGCGAGGUGCUGUGGGAAGAGGCAUUCAGAUCGGGUAUAGAGUUUAUGAUCUUCCCCGGUGCUUAUACACAAAGCCUGUCUGGGAAAGCGUCAAUCCGAAGAUAGAAGAAACAGUCCAUUUCUCAGCUCUAAAAGCUUCCUAUGAAUUUCUGAAUUAUUUACAGAAAAAUGCUUUAAUUGUUGAUUUAUGGGGCCUCCAAGAAGGUUGCAUGGAGAUGGACUCCUCACUUGAUGGCCUUUUGCUCACAGCUGAGGGCACCGUUGUGAUUGAUAAUCCCAAAGAUUUGACUGCAAGCCAUGCUGGUCUGGAUGCAGCUAUGGAAGUGCCUGAACUCUACCGGAAACUGCUGCAGAUGGAACAAGAGACAGAGCUGCUGAGGGAGCUCAACAGAGCUUUAAGAGAAGAAAAUGCUCUUCUUAAAGACAAACUGAAGAAAUGGGACGUGGGACAUCAUGAAAAGAAGAAAUCUGAGUCACCUACCAAGGUGAUUAAGGUGAUGAAGCAGUCUGAGUCAUCAAGAGACGCUGAAGAGAUGUGCAGCCAUCGGACCAGCUGUGAUGCAGAACUUGCCAAGGCCCUUAAGACCUUCUAUCAAAACAUGAGUGUAGUCAGACAGCAGUUCCUUCAGCUGAAGCAUUCCAGGCCAUCAGUAAGUCCGUUUAUUGCAAUAGUUUAAGCAUCUGAAGCUGUUCUUCAAUUCUAAAGAAUUUUGUCUUAAAAACUUCAGGAAUUUGAAAAUGAAGGUAUCACAGAGUCGCAGGAUUGUUGAGGUAGUGCUACAGUAGGCUUCCUACUCUGGAGAGAAACUCAUUGUUUCCAUGUGUUUUGAACAGGACCAGAGGUACUGUCUAGGCCUGCAGACUCUGUAGUCUGACUUGCAGGUUAAAACCAAGAGAGCUGAACAAACUCAAAUGGGCAUGUUGCUACAGAACUGUUUGCCUACCAGGGAAGCCGUGCUGUAACCAAGCGUGUUGUGUAUCUACUCAGUGCUUUAGGGCUGUUAUGCUGUCAUCAUCUUGUUCAUAAAGUUGCUUCAGAAUGAUGCAGAUUGGCUCCUCAACCAUGGUUGGCUCACUAUUCAGCAAAUCUUCCAGAUUGCUUGACAACGAAGCUAUUAUUUACUCAAGCUGGCAAGGGGAAUUUAUUGUGUAAUAUUGGCUUUCUCAGCAUGACCUUUUAGCAAGUGUUGUAACUCUUCCUGUUACUUCUCAACAGCCCCAUCUCUUGCCAGUAACACUGUAUUGUUCUGAUUUUUCCUUCUCUAUAUAACCUUCAGUUAUGCAGGGUAAGAAAAUCUCCUAAACUGGUGUGUUAUCUUACGGUUUUCACCACUUAAGGUUUCUCUGCACAGAAACAGAAACACCUAAACAUGAGUUUGCUUUGGCCCAUUAAGUAUUUAGCCUAAAACACAGCUUUGAGUUGGAGAGCCAUCCCAACUUCCAUCAGUCAUUUGAGCAAGCUUGUAUUGAGUACUGUAAAUCUGCAUGCAUAAACGCAGGCUAGGACAUUUCUUUAGGAAACAUUUGUAACAACUUUUUGGGCCUUUAGACUGUUGUGAACUGUUAUCACCCAGGGCAGAAAGCACCAGUGGCUUAGAACCCUACCUGAGGAAAAAGCUGUUCAUGUGAUUGUCGGGGGGAAGGGAAAGAAAUAAAACGCACAGUAAACCAAUAUCUACUACUUUGCUCAAUGUAAUAUUGUAAGCACAGUAGUUCUGGCAUCUGAGUUAGGAGUGGCAUGAUCUGAACUUUAAUCCAACAACUACUUUAGGCCUUGACAGUGUUAAAGAACACAUAACAUGUUUCUUUUGUUAGUAGCUGAUCAUUAUUGCCUCUUACUGUGGCCUAAUUCGCAGCUUACAGAAUCACAGUGCACUGUUAGUAUAACAGCUGUGGAGAUGCUGAUCAAAGUUUUUGAUCUCAUACUAGGAGACUUUAAUUAUAGAGCAGACAUGUAUUUCUUCAGAUCUUGGUAUAUUUUUUUUUUCUGCAACUGAAGAACAAAAUUGUGUAUCAACAAAGAUAUUAGAUGCUUACAGGCCAUUUAUUUCUAAAACCCGCUGCUCAAUUUUGGGUUGUCUUGGAGCAAGGCUGCUUGAUGGACAUCUCAAGGACAAUACAUGUCGAGUCACAGGAGCUCUUCUGUGCCUACAUUAAAAAUAUAUAGCCACUAGGUUAAAGUUAGCUAUGAAGCUAAUACAUAGCCCUUCAGAUCUAAGUGGCUGGUGUCCAACUUUACUCCUUUAGAUGUUGCUGCCAGGAGACUGAGAGGUGUAAUUCAUCUGGCCUGGAUAAAGAGCAAAGCUGUACUCCCAAGCACAUCCUUUCAGCUGUGGUACAUGCUAUUCUUGGCAAAAUAACAUGUAAUUAUGAUCCUAAUUUUAGUUUUUGAACCUGUAGUAGUUUGUC